AUGGUAGAGGGCUUCCAUCUUCCGGAAUGUAUUUCUGCUAUACCAUUACGUGCUCUGGGGUCAUCAACACGACAACUUCUUGCCAUUUACCUCGACCCGCCAUCUUGUACCACAAACAAUGAUGGCAUCACUAACGAUGCAUCUGGCUUAGCAGAACUUGCCGGCUUCGAUUAUCCGACUAUACGAUAUUUUGAAUCCAAAACGAGUAAAACCAUCGAACUGUUGAACAUGUGGCGGUACCGACAAAACGGAACUCUGGGUAAUCUCGUAGGAUAUCUCCUGCAGCUCGAGAGAUUCGAUUGUCUGACAGAUAUCUGGCACAAACUCUUGUCUGACGGUAACAAGUGGGCAAACCGGUCACGUGCUCGUGACUCCUCGUGCUCUGUGGAGAGUAUGACCGGAAGCGGCACAUCGACUGCAUCAUCCCUUGAUGACGUCAGCGCGUCGGUCGACUCAGACAGCAGCUCUAACUUCUUGACUGUCGACGAUGUGAACGCAGGGCAAGUCCAAAAGUAUUCCGCAUGUGUCUGUUGUGCUGACGGCGACAUAGGCCUUGCACGUGACAUAGUCAGGGAGUUGUCGAAAACUACUAAACUGUUUGUCCCUCAAGAUCAUCUAGUAGGCGGGGCAUACGAAUUCGAGGCAACAGCGGAAGUGAUAGAGGACAGAUGCGAUGGUCGCCUGGUGGUGCUAUUAUCCAAUCAUUAUACCAAUUCGCCGGCCUGUUACUUCGCUACUCAGUUCGCCAAGACGCUGGAUCCCGACGCUCGUAGACGGCGGAUCAUACCAAUUGUGACGCAGGAGGGUGUGACUUUCCCGCGAAUUUUACGUGGUAUCAGCACUAUCAAACACUACAGGUGUACUUCCAUGACGUCAUUCCUAGCUCAGAUCAUUGUUUCACUUUCAUACCAAUCUCCAACGAACAAUGGAAGUGAAAUCUCGAAAACUUCUGCCCACCAAAACAGAAAUAAUUCAAUCAUGUCUUUCAGAAGUUCCGUCGAAUGUCCUGGAAAAUCUUCCGAUGUGACAACAUCCAUGGUUCCAUCUUCUGAUUGUAACCAAACGUCAUGUUCAGCUGCAGACAUUUCAAAUGUUCCAUUGGCAUCUAUGGUAUCGAAUGAAUCUCGAAUAACAAACGAUCGGAGUUCUUUGUAUUCGUCACUGGAUCCUAGUUUGGUGUCGCCAGGGAUACAUCUUGAGCGUGUAUCGUGUCACACCAAAAUACUCAACGUUAAUCCACUUCCCUUGAAUAUAAAUGGACAGUCUGAAGUAUGCAGAGAAAAUUAUUCUGCAUAUUCAAUGAACAGUUCAAAUGAAAGAAUUUUAAGUCGGCCAGGGUAUAAUGACCUUUCACCCGUACGUGAUGACGUGACAAGACAGUUACAGGCGACGCCUGAUGGUGUUCGUCCCCAGUUAGAUUUUAACAUCGGCAUGAGCCAAAUGUCUGAUGUUAACGUCGAGAAAAUCGGCAUGAAGGCCCAAAACAGUGGCAAAAAUAAGUCCACUAUAUUUGCUACUUUGAAACGGGUUUUCACGCGUUCUCCGUCAAACAAAAAUAUGGAAAAAUCUGACAAUUCAAAAACCAACGCAGUCAACAAUUAUCAUGUGAUGAAUACGUGCAACGUAUCUCAGCCCUUGGAGUAUAAGUUAGAAGAAGCAGGCUAUAAGAGAUCGGUGUUUCAGCACAUGACGGCGCCCUCGCCGGGAGACAGAAGCACAGAGAGUGACGUGAUAUUUGUGUAA